UCGGUUGACGUAUCUCUUUCAGACCGGAAGUUGAAUUGCUUCAGUUUGCACUCGUUUGGACCAAACUGUUAUCAGAUUUACGUUUUUCAUUUUUAAGUGAGACGAUGCUGUCGAUAUUCAAGACCAUACCUUCGCACAUGGAUUAUAAAGGUCAGAAGCUGGCUGAACAGAUUUUCCAAGGAAUAAUACUCAUCUCUGCGGUGAUUGGAUUCGUGUUUGGUCUGUUCGUUGAGCAGUUUGGGUGGACAGUGUACAUAGUCUUAGCUGGCUUUGCUGUGUCCUGCGUGUUGACGCUGCCUCCAUGGCCCAUGUACAGAAAGAACCCUCUGUCCUGGCAGCCUCCACUGCCAGAGAUGAGCAGUGAGCCCAGUCAGAAACCUCAGGAGACCACCAAGAAGAAGAAGCACAAGUAACUCGCAUAACUCAAAAUCAACUCAAUUCAACUGUCCCUCCCUGGCUGUGAAUACAACUUUUUAUAAUAAUGCAAAAUAUUUCAAGCAUUUAGGGUGAAAGCUUUGUUACAGUGUUUAUCAGUCAAUUAUGAAAUGCUUGUGUCCAAAUAAACAUCUGAUGCUUUCUGCAUCUACAAAGUGGA